CGGCGUGCGGAAGGGAUAAAUGUCGGUGACACAACAGCUCGUCCCCCGCGCUCUCUUCUCCCCCCUGAGGACAGACCGACUGACCGACUGAGGUGCCAGCACAAACGCGAGGACUAGACCAUAUCAGACACAAUGGUGAAGAUUGGAAUCAACGGAUUUGGGCGUAUCGGCCGUCUGGUGACCCGUGCCGCCGCCGCAGGAGGGAAGGUGGAGGUGGUGGCCAUCAACGACCCCUUCAUCGAUCUGGACUACAUGGUCUACAUGUUCAAAUACGACUCCACUCACGGCGUGUGGAAGCACGGAGAGGUGAAGGCGGAGGGAGGCAAGCUGGUCAUCGGAAACAUGCACAUCAUGGUCUUCCACGAGAGGGACCCCGCCAACAUCAAGUGGAGCGAUGCUGGCACGGACUAUGUUGUGGAGUCCACCGGUGUGUUCACCACCAUCGAAAAAGCCUCCGCUCACCUGAACGGUGGUGCCAAGAGGGUGGUGAUCUCCGCUCCCAGCGCGGACGCUCCCAUGUUCGUCAUGGGCGUCAACCAGGAGAAGUACGACAACUCCAUGAAGGUUGUCAGCAACGCUUCCUGCACAACCAACUGCCUGGCUCCGAUCGCCAAGGUCAUCAACGAUAACUUUGGCAUCGUUGAGGGUCUCAUGAGCACCGUCCACGCCACCACCGCCACACAGAAGACCGUGGAUGGUCCCUCUGGUAAGCUGUGGAGGGACGGACGCGGUGCCUCCCAGAACAUCAUCCCCGCCUCCACUGGAGCUGCCAAGGCCGUGGGCAAGGUCAUCCCUGAACUGAACGGCAAACUGACCGGCAUGGCUUUCCGUGUCCCCACCCCCAACGUCUCCGUCGUUGAUCUGACUGUCCGUCUGCAGAAGCCCGCAAAUUACGAUGACAUCAAGAAAGUGAUGAAGGCCGCUGCUGAGGGACCCAUGAAGGGAAUUUUGGGAUACACAGAGGACCAGGUUGUGUCCACAGACUUCAACGGCGACACUCACUCCUCCAUCUUUGACGCCGGCGCCGGCAUCGCACUGAACGAGCACUUUGUCAAGCUGGUUUCAUGGUACGACAACGAGUUUGGCUACAGUAACCGUGUGUGCGACCUGGUCCAGCACAUGUUCUCCAAGGAGUAAAGUCCUGUCGCCACUCAUAGUGAUAAUCAUUCCCUCUUCCUUCAGCUGUAACUGGAUCAUCUCCCCGCCCCCCCCCCACACCACCACCACCACCACCACCACCGGGAGCAAACAUCUUCUACGACGAACUGCUAUGUCUAGCUGAUAAUAACAAGUUUAUAUGAUAAAGUCACCUCAGCUCUGUCCAGCAGUGAGGACUGCACAUAGCAGUGUUUAUAGAGAUAUUUUUCCAUCACUGAACUGUAUUGUACUGAAUGGUCUGGUUGCACCAAACAUGCACUUAAUUUACAUGAUAAUAAAGUCCUCAGUUUGUGGAAAGAC